AUGCAAGAGAACAUUGAUCAAGUGAACACUUUACAAAGAAAAGCAAGAUGCCGGGGUAUUUACCGAAGGAGACACAACUAUUGGUCUCAACAGGCCACUUCCCAGCAGCAGCAAGAUAGAGAAUCACUAAGAAGCGAUGCUCACGUGGACACCCAAGCAAGAUAUGCUCCCUAUGCCAUUCCAUCCUGUCAUCGGAGAGGCAAUUUUCAGGAACAAGACGAAACCCAUGUUAACAAGGAGACAGAGCAAAAGCCUCCAGAGAGAAGAAUGGAGAGAAACAGGCAGGAUGAGACCUUGGGGAGCUGGUUCAAGAUCAGAAUUCCCUUCGGUAUUAAAUAUGAUGAGAAGUGGCUGCUGAAUUUGAUUCAGAAGCAAUGCAGUGUCCCCUUCACCCCAGUCGAAUUUCACUAUGAGAAAAUGCAGGCCCAGUUCUUCGUUGAGAAUGCCAACAUUGCCUUCGCACUGAAGAAUGUCAACGGCAAGAUUUACAAUGAGGCUAAUGAAAGGAUAUCUAUCUUUGUUGAUCCCUGUGAUGCACCCCACUCUGUGCUGAAGGAGCUGAGGUCAGAAAAGGUGGAGCAGAUAAAGCUGUCCAUGAAGGAACAAUAUGAUGCCUCCCAGCAAUCUCUUGACAUCCAGAGAGUCCGCUCUGACCCUGACUUGAUGACCCCUGAUACUGGAAUGGCACGAAACCCUAGAACUGGCAUGGCCGCCUCCCUGCAGAUCCAUCCAGGGAAUAUGCCCAAGGUGUCUGUUCCCCACUCAGGCAAGAGGGGGCGAAAGCAAGGGCUGAUUAAGGCCCACCUGCUCACUAAGGCCAGAGAGAGGAAGGGAUACAGCAGUCACAGUAAGAAUGUGUGGGGAGUGCCUGCGGCAGCAGAGGCCAGCAGGAUGUUGCCACAGUGUGAGGUGCGCCAUGCAUUCUCCAGUGGAAGUUGGCCCCGGAUUGCAGGAUCCUCGGCAGUGGCAGGCUGCACAGGCUCCCAGGAAGUUGUGGGCAGUGACCCGUGCUUGCACACAGGAUCCUUGUUGGCAGUGGCAGCAGUCGUGGUGUCCUCCUGUGGGGUCCGAGAUAACAGCCGCGACUCCCUCCCUCCUCUGGAGCUCACGUAG